AUGUCAGAUUCGUCGGACGAGGAGGUUCCAAUGAAUCGUAUUAUGAAGCUCUCAGAAAUCAGUACAGUCGCUCAGCUGUACAAAUCAUCUAUAAUCACAGCACCAGCAGCAGGCAAGGCCAAAUUCAAACCCAAUGCCGCAUUCCUGGAUCGAGUUUCCCUGUUUCAAGGAGAUAUAACGAAGCUUGAAGUUGAUUCGAUCGUCAACGCCGCCAAUAAAAGCCUUCUCGGCGGAGGCGGCGUCGAUGGUGCUAUACACAAGGCAGCUGGUCCACAACUCCUGGAAGAAUGCAGGACGUUGAACGGAUGUGAUACAGGGUUCUCCAAAAUCACUGGCGCGUAUAGAUUGCCUUCAAAGCACAUCAUACACACAGUUGGACCCGUAUAUUCUGCUUCCUCAGUCGAUAUCAAGGCACAACAACUGGCAUCUUGCUAUCAGACCAGCAUCGACGUAGCCGUGACAAACUUACUUCGCCACAUUGCUUUUCCUUCUGUCUCGACCGGCAUUUACGGUUAUCCUAUCGAGGAUGCAACUCACAUUGCCUUGAACGUGGUUCGAAAGCAUUUUGAGUCGGAAGGAGAAUCUUCUGCCAAGCUGGAUCGCGUAAUCUUUGUCGUUUGGAGUGACAAAGACAAAAUGGUAUACGAAUCGCUGAUUCCGGAAUACUUUCCGCCCUCAGACGGUGUCAAACUCGAAUGA